CUCUCCGCCCGCCCCCGCCCCCGCCCCCGGCUGCGGCGUGGGGCGGCGGGGCUGUAUACUCUGACUCGCGCGCUGCCCCUCCGCCGCCAGCUGCCCAUCUCUCGGCCGUGCGAGCGUCCGGCGGGCCAUGGCGAGCUCGGGCUACACCGGCCUGCGCGGCGGGGAGGAGGACGAGAGCUUCCUGUAUUUUGCCUACGGCAGCAACCUGCUGACGGAGCGAAUCCACCUCCGAAACCCCUCGGCCGAGUUCUGCUGCGUGGCCCGCCUGCAGGAUUAUAAGCUUGACUUUGGCAAUUCUCAAGGCAAAACAAGCGAAACUUGGCAUGGAGGUAUAGCCACCAUUUUUCAAAGUCCUGGCGAUGAAGUUUGGGGAGUAGUGUGGAAAAUGAACAAAAGCAAUUUAAGUUCUCUGGAUGAGCAAGAAGGUGUUAAAAGUGGAACCUAUGUUGUAAUAAAAGUGACUGUUCACACCCAAGAAGGAAAAGAAAUAACCUGUCGAAGUUAUCAGAUGAGGAAUUAUGAGAGUGCUCCCCCAUCACCGCAGUAUAAACAGGUCAUUUGCCUGGGUGCAAAAGAGAAUGGUUUGCCACUGGAGUAUCAAAAGAAGUUAAAUGCAAUAGAACCAAAUAACUAUCAAGGAAAAGUCUCAGAUGAAAUUGAAGACAUUAUCAGAAAGGGGGAAACAAGAACUCAUUAGAACAUACUAGAAUAUGUCUAAUGUUAUUUUCUCUGUGUGCUAAUCUAAAGCAUUUUUAGUGUUUUUAAGACAGAAAUCUGAGAUAUCUCUGUUUACUGUAUUUCCAAUAAUGGACCGAAGAGAUGUCUCACUUGGGUGAUUUCUUGUUUCAGACUAUAUAAAGAAAUGAGGUUAGGAGUUAGACCAUUGCGGGGCAGAAGGUAUCAGGGGAUGGUGAAUGGGUGUGGGUGCUUCCUCUUUGAAUACUACUCAAGAAUUUUCUUGCUCUAUGGUAAAGGACAGAUUUGCAAUUUUACUGAUGGUGCUGGUGGGUCGCUCUGCUAUGGACUGUUUUAUGACCAGCAUAAGAGCAAGCAAACUAGACAGUUGCCCAUAAAAACUGAAAUUUUAAAGAUGGCAUUUGUUCUAAGGAGAAUAAAUGCAUUUGUGGUUUAACCUGAACCCUAAGUGUUAUGUUUCAUUUAGGGAGCGAGACUAAAGCAGUUACAUGGACUGGGUCUGUUCCAGCUGUAUCUAGUCCACUCCAGAGAAGUGCUCCAUGAGGUUUGACCACCCAUGACUCCUCCUCACCUGAGAAAUGCAACAUGAAUGACCACCACCAGAAACACCAUAGAUUGAUCAUGGUUGCUUAUUGCGUGUUCAGAAACCUUUCACUGUUGCCUCACAAAUUUUUGUGACCCUGAUGAUCAGUUGCAUGACAUCAUAUGGGGUCAUAAAUCAGUGUUUUGUGAAGCUCGGGAGUAGAGGAUUAUUGCAGGCUCAAAACAGGUAGUCUUGGAUCAAGCAUCAACUUCUCCACUUUCUAAUGGAGAGAUACUUGGGUAUGGCUCUGUGCCUCAUUUAUUUGGUUUGUUUGUUUUGGGGUUUUUUGCCUGUAAAAUAACUGUGAAAAAUACCUAUUAGAAUUAUUCUAAGGAGUACAUAUAAGCAACUAAAUUUAGAAGAGUUGUUUGUUAGCCAUCAUUAUUGUUCUCCUGAAGAAUUCAGUUUGUGCAAGGCCAUCAUUGUAAAGGGAUUUGAAAGCAGAAGAGUCAAGAUUAUGAAGAGGAAAUGUUUUCUGGAAACUUCCAUUGGAUUCAGGGUUUAUCAAGAAAUGGUCAUCUUCUUAAUUACUAAAUGAAUAGAGGAGAAGAGUCAUUAAUAAAACAAUGCUGGUUACAAAAUCAUCUUCUCCAGCUCUGGAACACAGUGAGCUGAACAGGUUACGAGAAUGCGUGAACUUGCCACAGGAGCAUAAGCUAAAGAUUUGAUUUGUUCUUUUGCGGGGAAAUGACUAAGGAUGUAUCCACUAUGGCUACAGUUCUAUAGUGAGGCUGUGCCAUGGAGCAUAGGUGAAACUAUAUUAUAUAUCACUGUCAUCCCAUUGUUCAUCCAUUUGCUUGAGCGGGCGCCAGUAACAUCUCCAUUCAUCCCAGCCCUGAGAUUUUAGCAGUCUCUCCUUACUUGUCCUUCCCAAAGGUGCCGUAUUGGAGGUUCUUUCAGGGUCAGGGGAAUGAGACUCGUUAUUGUUACUGUUUUUGGCAUAUCAUAUACACCACGGGGAGCUUGCCAGGCUCUAUCAUGAUAUAUAAAGUAUAGGGGGAAAAUUUAUAUAUGUAGGCCUUACCUAUUUCAUAUAAACUCCAUAAUAUAUUAACAUAAAAAUGCUUUGAAAGUUAUAUUAAUGAGAGGUAAGACAUGAUUAUUACCAUACAGAGAUCCAAGUAUAAAAUAAAAUGUAAUGCAAUAUAAAAAAGGGGAGUGGAGAAGACAGGCUCGAAGAAAAAGCUAAAAUAUAAAAUUGUAUGAUUAUAUAUAAAUAUUCCUUUAUAUAUAUAUAUAUUUUAAGGGAGGUGGAGGGAUUUUAGCACACUCCACAAUACUCAGAGCUUACUCCUGGCUCUGUGCUCAGGCAUCACUCCUGUCGGUGCUGUGGGGACCAUAUAUGGUACUGAGGGUUGAACCAGGGUUGGCUGUUCAAAGCAAGAACCCUGCCCACUCUCCUUGCUUUCUAGCCCUCACACAACUAUAUUUUAUAGUCGUCACUCCUGUCAGGUAUACCUCCAACGUUUUAGUUUUCUCCUAAUUUUAAUUUCUUCCAAGAGGAUCACAUUUAUCUGGGAACCCUGAUCCCAGUUGUGGUAACAUAGUGAACUUACUAUAAGCACCAAAAAUGGAAUAUUAUUACACUAAUAUAUUUUACCUACAUGAAAUGGCAACUUUGAGGAACUGAAAAUACAAACAAUAAAAUCUUUAGCAUGCUAACAAAAAUUGGGUGACUGUGUGGGGUACUUGUGAAUGGGGAAGUUUCCAUUACAGAUGGGCUUUUACCCAAGCAGAGCCAAGAAUCACGCUGCUUGAUUGAGUUGCACAAUAAACAGUUUAUUUCUCCAAGCCAAGAGGACCACGCUAAGUUGGGGAUCCAUGAGUUUGAGGG